GCCACCGAGCGUGCCCGCGUGUGACUGCAUAUCACGAAAAUGUGCUUCCUUUCCAACAUACAUCAUAAACAAAACACUAAGUGAACCUAUAAACUUACGUUUACCUUAACAAUACAGUGAAAAAUGUAACUGUACUUUGAUUUAACAAUUUAUAUUAUAUUUAUGUUUAUACUAAAUCAAACGAGUUGAUUUUAAAACAAAAAAACGUACUUCUAAUGGAAUGCAUUGAAAGAUAGUAGAAACCGGUAAUCUGUGUUGUGAAAAGUUUUGUUCCGGAAGAUUCCCGUUUGUGCAAACACGGUUCUUACUUGUUAUUGAUUUUCGUGUCACUAUUCUCGAACAGCUGUUUUAGGAUCCGGAAGAGCGUACAUUUCGGCUAAGUUAUCGUACUUUAAAAAUAUGAUGCGGAAAUUUCAAGUGAAGAUUGUUGUGUGAAAAAACCAUAGAAAUGUGUAGGUGCUAAAAUACCACUGAUUCAAAGAAACAACAACAGAGGAUUAAAUUUUAUUGUAACUCGAAAAAAAAUUGUGAUGUGGCCGUAGUGAAUAGUGAAGUGUAACUGUAAGAUUUUAAAAUAAAAAGAAAUCGAAUUGUAUAUUUUCGUCGGCAACGUAUCGAUAGAGUGCAGGAUUUGCACCAUAAGAAUCGAGUGUAAAACUGUGAACUAAAUAUUGGAUUUUCCUCGACAACUUGGAUUUAAACCUGAAAAUAAGGUGGUGAGGUGGUCCGACACGAGAGGCGAUGCUGGGCGGGGCGGCGGGGGGCGCCCGCUCCCGCCCGCCCUCUGACCUCCAACAAGGUUUGGCUCGGUUCCCGCUGUACUCGCUGUUCCCAACACACGCUGCGAGCCGACCCAACGCUCACAAAGUGACAGAGAGCCUGUUCUCAACCUCGCUGUCGACCUUCGGCGUGCCGACUCCUCCGCCGAACUCACCCCUGCACCUAGAGCUAUACAACUGCUCGCAGAGGGUCGUCAUCACUGACAAGGAGUCCAGCAAAAUGGAAGAGGCGAAGUUGACAAAGUGCAUCUCCGAGUCUCUCUGCUGCCCUGGUGACGCGCGGCCCGCGCUCGAGGGCGUCGGCCUGAUGACACCGCUCACUAUCAAAACGGAACAGGCCAAACGAUCCUGUAACACUUGUCUCACUAAUUCACCUAAAAAGAUUAUACACACGGACGGCGGCUGCAGCCGGACCAACCCUGUGACCUGGCUAGGAGUGGCCGGUCAGAAUCUGCAGGUCCAAGUGAAACGGGAGCCCCAGCAGCUCCACGUCUCCGAGCUAGUAGCUGUUAAAUUGGAACAGGCGUCCCCUGGAACGAAGCCCGACAAUCCGCCCGCUAUACCGGCCUCUUUAAACAACGGUUCAAUUCCCGUUGGUAUAGCGGUCGCGAGACAGCGAGUGGGCGAUGCCGGCCUGCUCGCCGCGCUGUCGCAAAAAGACACCCAACAACGCAUGCACGAUAUCGGCGCCACGUCAUUCUGUUGUCAUCCCACAGACGCGGCGCAGGCGGCCAUGACGGUGGGCAUGGCCAACGUGGUCUGCGACGACCGCUCCGCCCCGCUGGCGUGGCCGGCCCCACCCGCCCCUCCGCCGCCCGCGCCCCUGUGGCAAUACCCCGCCGCUCAAAUGUCCAUGGAGAGUAUGAUGGUGGGAGGCGUUGGCGUAGGAGGCAUGACACCAGUGAGCAGUGGCGUGUCCUCCAUGGGGGGCUUCCAGCUGGUCCGGGAACCAACAUCGGGAGCUUGGCUCUUACUACCAGCUCCACCCGACCUCCCUCAUGCAGUGGUGUGGGGCGGCAUGCCGUAUCCAUCGGCACCUUUGUUGCUACCCCAUGCGCCACAUCCGUCACAUCACCUGCAGAUUCUUCCAGGAGACAUUCUCGCCUCCACAGCCACUUUGCAGCAUACACACACACAUUCUACUCGACUGGUGACUUUGGCCCCAGCCCCGGCCCCACAGCCGCAUCCAGCGCACCAGGAAAAACGUAAAUCCAUUUUACAGCCGAUCAUCACGCCACACUUGAUCAAAUUAGAGCCAGAGCCACCCCAGGAGAAACCCCAGCCGACGUUUGCCCCGGAACCGGUUCAACAACCUAUGCUAACGACUCACGUGUUUUACCAGCCAGACUUCUCGGAACAGGCGUGCAGGAGCCAGGCCACGUCACCAGCCGCUCCGCCCACUCCACCACCGGAAGCUUCAGAAGCUCCAGUCCAGAAAGAUGCUUCCAACCAAACUGAUCACAUCGAUGACGAUGAUGAUUCUCCCAACCACGCCGAUGAAGAUGAGCGCGAUAUUGCUUGUGUUGGCGUGGCUCACUUUCCAGAGGAUUCCGAAUCCCAGAGCUCUCCGCAGAUAUUAGUACCAUCGAUUGAUAGCGCCGAAGAGUCUUCUUCCGAAGGUCUGACUAAUUCAGUUAUGGUAGGCGCCGUAGAAAAGGCAAUCGAUGCGAUCGAGAGAGAUGACACGAUGGACAAUUUGAGCAGUGGAGGCUCUACUAAUGAGCUGGUGAUAGACACUGCGAGAGCCACUCCUGUACCACAAGUGACGCCCCAAAGCGCGAGGCCACCUGUGGACCUUAGUGGAUUAGAACUUCUUUCAAACAGCAUUGAACAAUUUGAAAGGACAACUCCCGGCACAAGCAUGCCUUCCUUAGAGCCGGUCCCGUUGACCGUUGAUACGAGACCAACAUCAAAACUUAACAUCAUGAUUAAAACUUCACCGAAAUCUCCUCCCAGGACUGAAGCAGAACCGCACAGAAGAUUUGAGUUCCCACCAGCUGAUCCUUGCAAUGCUGAACCCGCAAAGCCUGCCCUCGGCGGCUUAGGGUUAUUGUGUGCAUUAGCGGAACAGAGAUUCAUGGAAGAGGUCGAAGAAAGUCCACAAAAUAAUCUGUCCAUAUCUUCCCGUCCGUUCGUUAAGAAUGAACCUUUACACAGUCCUGCUGUGAGAGACAGAGAUAGACACAGGGAAUACGAUAUACAAGCCCAAUCCUCGAGUAAAAAAGAAAAGCAUAGGCAUAGAGAUCGAGAUUCGUCUAGUGAAAGAAGAAGAAAAAAGAGUCAUGACAGAGAAGAACGCUUACGGCAUAAAUUACAGAAGAUGCGUCGGCAUAAACGUGAAAGAGAAAGAGACGAAGCUAGACAUAGUGGGGGAGAGUUGGAGACGAGCCUCCGACGAGUCACGUCUUGUUCAUGCGGCUCUGUAAGUUGUUCUCAUGCCCAAACAUUGCCGACGUGUCACGCCCUUGUCAAUGCGAUAGAAAAAGAUAUGAGAGAAAGAUUACAAGAACUUCAGAGGCAGUUCGAUGAAAAGAAAGCUCAGAUUGACGCCCUCUCUCCAGCUUUGCCGGCCUCUUCUAAUUCUACAGCGCCGUCUACGCCCGCGUUAUCCCCAGAUUCAGACAGGGGCUCAUCAAAGAAGCGAAAAGUUGGUAGACCCCGAAAGGUUUCGAGCCCCGAUUCCACUGAAACUAUCGUGGCAAAGAAACCCAAAUCUAAAAGCAGCCUCGUCGGGUACCUGCUUGCGAAACAAAAAUUAAAAGGAGGUAUUCUAUGCACCAGAGGCGAACCUUCAAGAGAGGAACUAAACCGAACUAGCAAAGUUCGCCCGAAAUUAAAGGCCGAACCAAUUUUGAAGAUACGUUCGGAGGAAGAGGAAACAGAAUAUGGUCUCAGUCGUUCCACUAGCUCUUCGAUGGAGAGCCUCAAUGAAGUUCGGGCCAAAAACCGAGAAAAAGUCGAUAAAUUAGCACGCAAGCACUCCAGAGACGACCUAUCAGAACUAGAGUUCGCGAUACGGCGUGCUAGUGCAUCCAGUGAAAGCGACAAAGACAGACGUCGCGAGAAAAAACGACGAAAGAGCUCGAAAUCAAAAGACACGACCGACGAAUGCGAAGUAAAUAAUCCUUCAAAAGAUCCUACACCACCGGUCGUGUCUAAAUGUACUCUCACUGAGGAUAAGUUGGACUCAAAUCCACGAGUGCUCACGGCCAUGGGAGGACUGUUUUACGCGGGAAAGCUAAGUGCAGUGCAAGCGCCAGAUGUGUACGCCAUCACACUGGACGGAGAGAGGGGGAAUAAACCACACAUACUGUCCCGAGAGGAGACUCUGCGAGAUGCUAUUUUAGAAGUAAGUCCAGUAUCGGUAUCGGAGCUUCCAUCAGGUGCCCGAGUGUGCGCCUACUGGUCGCAGCAGUACCGGUGUCUGUACCCUGGUACUGUGGCCGUCUCCUCGCCAGACCCUCACGAUGAUAAAUUCGUGGCUGUAGAAUUCGACGAUGGAGACUCCGGCAGAAUAGCCAUUGAGGAUAUAAGAUUUUUGGAACCGAAUUAUCCUGUCGUUGAAUACGAAAACCCACUAUUCACCCUUGGCAAGCGUAGACGUAACACCAGUGCCAGUGGAGAAGACAAGAAGCCUUCUGAAAUAAAACCUUCAACUUCGGACCAAAAACCAGCUACGGAACAGGAAAGACACAAAGACAGGAAAAAACUAAAGAAACAUCGAAAAGAGAAGCUGAAGAGGCACUCCAGCGAAGACGACCCCAACGAAUACGUCAAGAAGAAGAAGAAAAAGCACAAAUGCUGCGAAGAGCACUGCAAGCACAAGAAGCACCAUAAGAAACAUAGAAAACACAGGAAGAGGCAUCAUUCCAGCUGCAAAGAGCAAUCCAGCUCAUCGGGAGAGGACAUCAAGAAGUCUUCCUCAGAAUACGUCGACUCUAACAAGUCCAACGAAGACUCUGGAGACUCUAAUGACAAACUGUCAACGCUCAUAGCGAUAGAGAAGUCCCCAGAGGAAAUGAAAACUGUUAUCAAGAAGACCGUGCUGUCGAAGAAGUCUUUGGUGAAAAGCGCAGUGUUGGACUUCAGUAACAUCGGGAAAUCGGCGCUGAAGAGAGACGAGGCUCCGGAUAACCUGAAGGAUAGCGGGAUCGGCAUGGAAGACGAGCCGACGGCGUCCACCAGUGAUGCUUCCAAGAAGAAGACGAAGCGUCGCACGGUGUCGGGCUCGUCGGAGGGCGCGGGGGCGGGCGGCGCGGUGGGCGGGGUGAGCAAGAUGGCGGCGUUCCUGCCCGGCGGCGCGCUGUGGCGCUGGCGGGGGCCCGCCUACCGCAGGACGGCCCGCCCGCGACACAAGAAGCUCUUCUACAAGGCCAUCCAGCGGGGCGAGGAAAUAUUAAAUGUUGGAGAGUCGGCGGUGUUCCUGUCGACAGGCCGCGCCGACCGGCCCUACAUCGGCAGAGUCCUGGCGCUCUGGCAGGCUCGAGGGGCGAUGGCCGUCAGAGUCGCCUGGUUCUACCACCCUGAGGAGACUCCUCUAUGUACACAAACCCUCCAGUAUCCAGGCGGAUUGUUCGAAUCCCCGCACACAGAUGAGAACGAUGUUCAGACGAUUUCUCAUAAAUGUGAGGUGCUGCCGCUUGCUCAGUACCAGGAGCGCAUGGGCGACGACCCGGUCAAGUACAGCACGGUUUACGACAACAAUGACGUUUACUACUUGGCCGGUCACUACGACCCCACGCAGCAGACUUUGAGAAUGGAACCGGACAUUCCGUUUGCGAAUCCAUCCACCUCCUAGCUUGUCAUGGGAGCCUAGUACUCUACUGUCGAAAUAAAGUCUGUUUGAGUGUUGAAUUAAUUAAUUGGCGAAUUUAUGUCAGAAAAAGGAGAAAUCAAGCUUCCGACAUUGUUAUGAAAGCCUGGUAGCGAAACAUUAUGGCUUUAUGAAUAACGUAAUAAUUUACUAUGGGGCAAAUGGAUAAAUAAUAAUUAUCCAUUACGAGUUUCGUUACUAUGAUUAUACUAAAUUAAGAGAAAACUAAUUAUUUAUUUUAUUUAAAAAAUAUUUUGUUUUUAUGACAGACUCAAAUAAUGAAAUGCAUAAUUCGAGUAACUGCAGUUUAGUAGUUAGUGCAGGUUAAUAGUUUUUUAGAUUUAAACAUUAGUUUUCUAUUGUUUAAAUUUGAUUGCUUAAACAUAACUCUGAGAUAUUGAUUAGAAGGAUACAGAGAACUUGAUACAAUUCUUAAAUAAUGUGAAAGAUCUUCCUAAUUUUGUACAAAACAAAAAAUAUAUGGUUUUCCAAAAGCCGAAUUUUUAAAAAAGCUGAAUUAAUAAAGUUUUACAAAAUUUUAGUAGUUCAUAAAUUUUUCAAAUAAACUGAAGUAGAAUUGUGUACACUUCCACUUUCAACACUGUAAAGUAGAAUUUAGAGCAAAAGCUACUAAACAUAUCUUGUAAUAAACAAAAGAAAAUUCGCAGUGCAUACGAAUUAUGUCUAAAAUAUUCGACAGAACAAAAACAGAGAUAAUUUUCGUUUUUAAUCUGAGCCAUCGAGUACUUGUCGUAAGUUGGAAGAAUUGAUUUUAAAAAUAAAAUCAGUGUUUUGAAAUCGUAUUGAAAAAAGUGACAGUGUAAAAAUAAUACAAUGAUAUUUGAGAAAAGGCACGCUUUGAAGAAAUUGGAAAUUCGAGAGUGAAUGUGCAAAAAUUGACUGUGCAGUGUAUAGAGUGCAGUGAAGGAAAUGGACAGUGCAAAUAUAAGGCAGUGUCUCAAGUCACGACAGUGCUGUAAAAAAAAAACAAUCAUGAUACUUUGGAACGUCGCCUGUCUCGUUUUAAUCGAACGAAACAAUAAGGACGUAAAACGUUGUGCGUUCGAAGUGUUGCAAUCUCAUUUCACGUGUGUUUAACUACUAAUUACAUAGUAUUAAAGUUAAUUUGUUGUCAUACGUACGUAUACGGUAUUCUUCUUUUAAUAUAUAUACAUAUAUUUAAUUGCAAUAAAGUUGUGACUAGUCGAAUCAAAAUUAACUAGUGGAUUUUUUUUAAGUCAUUUGUCUAAUUUGAAAUUUUAACUUUUGAACACCGCAGAGUUACUGUUUGUUAUAACUAUUAUUUUACACUGAACAUAUAUUUUUUUUUGUUUCAUAAUUUUAUAAUUGUCGUGUACAAUUUAAAAUGGUGCUAGACGUUUAAAGAAAAUCAUUUAUUUCGCUUCAGUUAAAUGUAAAUAGAAAUAAAAAUUUGUAGUUUUAUUUAGAUUUUUAAAAUAAGAAACAACUUGUUGUAUUUACUUUGUGGGAUGACGGUGUUUCAACUUUGAAUUUUAUUACAAAGUUGAUAUUUGCUAGGGUUAAGUUGCGGGAUUUAUAUUAAACUGUGUCUGCUUGUACUUUUUAUGAAUUGUUGCCAUUUUUAUACCUAUUUUUUUUUUAGUUUUCAGUGUUGUAAUGUUUUAAAAUUAAAACAUCAUUAAACUGCAAAAAUGAGUAAUCAUUUCAAAGUGUGAUUCUUAAAGCUGAAUUUGCAUUAUUAUUUUAAUUUAAAGUUACAACACUGAAUAUUUAAUUUCUAAAAAUAUGUACUUUAUACUUAUUUCUAACAGGGUAUCGGCCCUAUUCAUUUUCAUAUCGCUAUAAAUGGGACUGACAUGACAGGGAAUGUAGUUAGGUCGACCAACGAUAGGAUAGGGUAGGUUUUGUACGACGCGGCCAACCUUGGGGGAAAAAAAACUACUAAAUGGUAGCAUGUUUUAUAUGAGUGGCAACAUCGAGGUGUGGCGUUUUGUUUUUCACUAUCAUAAACAAAAAGCCAAAUUUGUAGACUUUACGCUGUGUUUUAGUGGUAAUCAAAUAUGAUCAGUAAUGGCUGGUCAACAAAAUUAAGAUUUGCUUAAACUAAUUUCGAUAUGAAUAACAGGGAUUCAGUAAAUAUUGCAACCUACAAAACGAAGUUGGACGAACCAGCUUACUAAAGAAUCGAUCCUAACCCACGGUAUGACAUCAUCGGUCUUUAAAAACUUUUCUAAAUUAUCCAUAUAAAUAAAUCAUCACUUUUUCACAAAAAAAUUGUGAUCAUGUUAAUUCAGUUAAUCCCUGAUGACUCUAGUUUUUGAGUAGGUUCUGAUCGGUGUCUAUUCCUGGAGUCUUUUAGAUUGAUCCCAGGACUCUAAUUAAAUAGUAUCCUUGAAAAACAAAACAAAGCGUCACUGGGCAACGGCGUGUCAUCGUGUGAGGUAAUACUGUUGGACGUUGAGCGGAAUUGUUGUUUUUUCGGCAAUCCUUCAUUCAUAACUAACAAUGCCAUUUCAUUUAAACUAUAAUAUAAUAUUCAGUUUUGUUUUUGAUAUUAUCGUAUGUAUGAUUAUUAUAUCUUACAAGUAAUAUUACAUAAAAAAUAGUCUCCUUAGUUGUUGCAUAUUAAGAAAAAAAAUAAUCUUUAUUUUUAAUGUUUAAUUGUAGAAUUGGACAACGGACAUAUGAAACAAAUAUAUUGUCACAGUUACUUGCAAAAAAUCUUCCACAAAAAUAAUAAUAAAUAUUCCUGAGCCCCACACUCAGUGAGACGAAUUGGAGAAAAAUAAUUACAUUAUAUAGAAAAAAAAUAUAUAAAAAAAAAAUCAGAUAUUUUUGUAUUGUCGAAACGAAAUGUGAAAAAUGAUACCUUUAUUUUUAACUAUUAUAGAACUCGUAAGUACAAAAAUUAUGAUGUAACUGGCCCUCUAUAUAUACAUACCGUAAAGGGUUGUAAUUCUAGAAGAUUCCGCAGACUUGUAAAUCAAAAAAUAACGGGAAUUAAAAAUUAAAGUCUGCUUGAGAGGCUCCUUCUUUUAAGAUGUCAGUUAAAACAAUCGUUUAUUGCGACAGUGAUGCGAUUGGAAUAUCCUAAGUCGUGCGAGGGGUGAGUUUAAAUUACUACCGUUCUCUCACUCACCCGUGAAGGCCAGGAGGAUACUGGCAAAAUCGAGGUUCGAAAUAUCAUAUUAAGACACUUUAGUAGGUCGUGCAACAAUUUUAUAAAAACAAAGUGGCAUUGCAGAGCUGUAUGCAUUGUAGUAUGUUUUUUUGCUGAAGACGACACCGCAAAAGUAAAAUUUCUACCAAGAGCUCUCAUUGAAAGUAUUGUCGCACAUUAUUACUAUGCACUAUUAUUCCCGUUAUUUGAAAAAAGUUUGCUUUCUAUGGAUUUUGAAAUGGAGCCAUUAAAUUAGAUUUAAAGAUAUAAUAAUAUAUAUAUCGGUAUCAUAUUAUAUAGAUAUAUAUAUAUAUAAAUUAAAAUACGCUUAAAUAAAUAAAUAAUAUUUUUGGCUGAA